UGCGCAUAUUAUCGGGUGCGAUCAUCACAGUUGCGCGUACGUGAGCAUCGCCCUGUGCUAAAUUAAUACAAAGUGUUGUUUGUUUGUUGAUAUUAACCUAAAACGCUAUUAAAGUUGACAUAAUGGACGUGGAAAGUGUUCUUUGUGGACCCUACCAUGGGUUAGAAGUUAUCCAACGAUGAGCUACACCAAAUUUAACCUCAUUUGAAUUCCAGGCUUAAACGUGCGGUGGAAGAGGCAACAUAUACAAGAAGGCAGCAUGGUGAAUAGUGGUUCCUACAAAGAUCGAAAUGAAAAAGCCGCUAUCACGCAGCCCCAAGCCAACGGCAUCCGCGAUGAUCCGCCGAGUCCCGUUACAACGACUGCCAUCGCCCAGUGUAAGGCGGACUCGAAGCGAACAGCUGAUGCUGCCGUUCUGCCCUCCGCUAUCGAACCGAAAAUGUCCACCGCAGCCGCAGCCGCAGACGCUGCUGCCGACGCCGAGGUCUCUUCUUUAGCCCUCGAAACCACCCAAGUCUUCGAAGACGAUGCGGCGGACGAUCGGAGUGUGUGUUGCAGCAGUGUCUCGUUGUUGUCGACGACAACGGACAACGCCGCGGCGGACGCGAAAAUGAAACCGAAUCCGUCGCGAAAGCUGCUCUGCCUUUAUUGCGAUCGCACGUUCGUUAGCGCCAAUUUGAGACAGAAGCACGUCGAAAGGUGUCAUUCGGCUAAACAGACGCGCCGCGUGUCGCCCCGACAGAUGCUGACAGCAACACCCUGCGUACACUGUGAUAAGCUCAACAAUACCGAGCACACUCUCAAAGAUCUCUUUCAGCACUUGACCACUGAACAUUCAAACAAAUAUUACGCGUGUUCGCCCUGCGAAGAACGUUUUCUUUCGCCCGCGCAGCUGACAGAACACAAUGCUUCCAACCACCCCAACAAGACCGUCGUCACGCCACCCGAAACCCCGACCGGCAGGAAAGAGAUGCCCGCUGUUGAGGAAUCGGCCGAAGAUACGCCCCAAAAGGUUACCAGGAGUCGGCUGAAGCUAUCCGAAAGCUCAGCUGAACCCAAAAAACCACCUUCUGGUGGGAAAAAAUCAGACAAGUCAAAGGAUCUCCGCGGCAAAAAGCUGUCUGUAAAAACCUCCAAAAUCGCAUUAAAACGAAGCAAGAGGCUACAAGCGAAGGAUCCGAUUGAAAACACGAAAUUAAAACGAUCGCGGCAGCCCAAUAAUGGUAAAACUGUCGAAGGCACUUCCAGCAACACCAAACCUAACGAGAAACCUGGCAAGUCCACGUUUAACUGCGUCAAUCCUUACCCGGAAUUCGACAGUUUUUAUCGCGUGAAAAAAAUCACAGAUCAUUCCAUUGACAAUUUAAAAAUUAGUUCCUUAACGUUCGAUGAUGUGUUCGACAAGGCAUUCUUUAACAGAAUUAAGUGCAAUAUACAGGAAAAUCUAUUACAUCACAUUGAUGGUAAAUUAUUCAAGAACGAGGAGUCUGAGAGUAGGAUUUCCAACUUUGAGAAGACUCCAAACGUUCAACAGGAAGUACAAAAUUCAAAUUCGGAAAGCUAUGGUUGUGAAUUAUCCAUAAAUGCCGUCACGCCUGUGGCAGCUCUCUCGCUAAAUUCGCAAUAUGGAGAAGAUUUUGAAUCGCAAAUAGAAUACGGCUCGAAACCAUCCAAAAAGAAAAACCAAACGAAGAGCAAGGAUGAGGUCCACUAUAAAUAUUUCACCAGGCGUAAAUAUCAAGCUAGCAUACUUGAACAUAAAGAGAACAGGGAUCUUAGCAAGUUGGACAUGUGGACCCAACUGGUUAUUAAAAAUAGACAGCAAAGAAUAGUGGACGACCAUAAGAGCGCCAAGGAGAUUCUUGAAUAUACAAGUGGCGAUGAAUAUAAAAAUAAGACGAGAAAAGAGGAACUCAACCGGAUAUUGGAUAGACGAGGUCCCUUCGAAGAUUUAAAAGAAGAAGCUUCCAAACAAGCAGCUUUAGACAAACUAAACUCUCAUUCUUCCCAAAAAAUAAGCCAAGAAACGUUUUCUGAGGUAAGAGAAGUUUUAAACGAAAUCCUCAAGCGAGUGCACGAUAUUUGCGAGGAACCCUUACCGAAACUUGAGCCAGAAAUAAUAGAACAGCCGCAAGAACGUGAACUUCCCAGCUACUUAAACCUUCGGAGAACGUGCACGCUGCCUGUGGAAGGUGACAUUGACAAAUCGGAUAAAAUCGCUUUGAUCUGUUCUUCGCAGGAAACGGAAAACUUUGAACUGCCAACGAAUAGUGUUCGCGAGCUAAACGAACAGGUGGAGUUGACCGGCGAAUGGGCGCGAACCAGGAUGUACAUAUGUGCCGCGUGCGGUAAAAAGAUCCCCAACAUGAAGCAACUUCUCGAACACAAGACGGUUUACCAUCAGAACGUGUGGGUGCAGCAUUACGAGUUCGUGGGCAAGCAGAACGAGCUGUACCGGCAUCUGAGCAUUCCGGGCUUGGGAAAAGUGGGUGUUGUGGAAGACUGUGUUCCGUGCAGAGUGUGGAAAAGAAGUGACGCGCGAUUGUGUACCAAGUGCGGUAAACAGUGCAACGCUCUGGGCGAGUUGCACAGGCACGUGCUCGAGUGCGGUGGUGACUGGACGUGGAUGUUGGCCAGGAAAAAGUGCAAAUAUAGACCGUUCGGGGCUCGAACUAGGAGGAAAAGACGAGGUUUGGUUAAACGUACUUACCGCUCGAAUAAGACUGAUAGGCCAGCUGAAAAGAAACCUUACAAAAAGUCAUUUGAAGGGCCACGGCAAAGGCCAAGCGAUGCUGAUACAAUACAAAGAAUGUUGGCAAACCUGCCGGCUAAAAGGUCGACUAGAAAAAUCAUGUCCCUGCAGGAUGGUAGCCGACAGAGAAAGAACAGGGACAACAAAGCAACAGCAACGCAAAAUAAAGUUAAAUGCGGCAAAGUGAUCUAUAAGAACUGUAAAGGUGCCGAAACGAAAAACCUGUCUAGUCCGAAAACAAUUAAGAAUGUAAAGCGUAAUUUUAAUACCGUUUUAUCUAGCCGUUUAUUAGAUUCCAAUAGUACGUUAAGGACGAAGCGAAUACUAAAAAAUUUAGUUAAUAAACGUGUUACAAGACAAACAAAAGAGAAAGUCGAUGAAGAAGUUGUCGAGGAAGAAGACCAAAAACCACUGGAAAACGAAGAGGAAGAUGAACAAAUGUCACCGAAAAGAAAGAAAAGCAACAAAAAUAAAGAAAACCAAGAAGAGAAUAAUGAAACUUUGGAACCAAUCAAGCGGGUUUCGCCAAGAAAAGAAAAAUCUGUAUCUCCUCAACAACCUAAAAAGAAAAUGACGGUAAAGAAGAUUUUAACAGGGAAAAUUAAUAUUAAAAGCUUUUUCCCUGUUAAGAAAAAGAAAAAGGUUAAUAAUACCGAUAGUAACAAUGCAGAAACCACUGAAAUUACUACAAGAAAUAAAAGAAGGUCUAGAGAACCCAAAGAAGAAACAGAAAUAGUCACACCAUCUGAAGAAGCACCUAAAACAGACAAUACGAAGCAAGGCAAAAAAGGAAUAGUUAAUUCUUUGGUACGAACUUUAAGUAUGAAGAAGAAAAAGAAGGCAGCAAUCAUUAAAGAAAAUGUUGAGACUGCAAGUACAACUCCUCAAGAAAAUCCAGAAGAAACUACAAAAAAGACUGAAACAAAUAAGGACUUCUCACAGAAAAAGCGAAAGUUGACUAGAAGCUUCCGUAAAGUUAUAAAAAGGGUAAAGAAGCAAAAAACUGAGAUUCCCCAAGAAACCGUUAUUCAGAAUGAAAAAGGGUCAGAACACCAACAACUGAUUGCAAAUCAAUCGGUUGCUUUUUUAGAGAAGCCUUUCUCGACGGGGAAUACUAUGGAAAAAAUAGUAGCGCCGUCCAUCUUAGAAAAAACCGAAAAUAUAGUUGACAACUCCACGUCUGUCCCUACUGCUAUUAGUUGUUUAGAAAACAUAUUAGUCCCCGAAACAAUGUUUAAUUUAGAGACAAGCAACGAGAAGAGUCUUCAAGCUAAAGGAGAAUUAAAUUUCGAUUCUAAAGAAAUUCAUAUUUUUACCACCGAUAUAAUCCAAGAUAAACAAACCGUUGUUACGGACGAUGUUCAAUCAAAAACAGUGCCGACUAUAACUGUGACCGAAGUCCCAGAAAAAUCAGUGAUCAAUGAUCUCGAAGAUAAAACUGGGCCAAUUACUAUAGAAACUUCAAGCAAAUGCUCCAAUUCUCCCUUAUCUUCACCCUUAAGUUCGUUGGUGUCCCCUUCGAGCACAUCUAUGAUAUCCCCUUCAAUGUCCAAGAAAGUGCGGAAACCAGCUCGCGGUUUAAACGAUUGCAUAGCAAUGCUUACAAACAAACUUCACCAGAAAACGGACGUCAAGACAAAAUCCGAGGAAAAUUUGCCAUCGGCUGCGACAAAGACUGAAAAUGAAAAAUUGAAAAUAGCCGAAAAACCAAUAGUGCCAAAAUUAUUCGACAAACCAGCAGUACAAAAACCCGAAUGUAUCCUAAAAAUACCAACGUUUAAAUCUGCCAUCGCAGAACCAGCUAUUGAACAAGCUUUAGACUUGACGAAAAAAUCAAGUGAAAGCCUGGAUCUCUCCAAAAAAUCAACGGAAUGUCUUAGCCCGAACAAAAAUAGAUCUUCUGAGAAUAUAACCAAACCUAGUGAGAAUCUUAUGCAACCAAUUCAUUUUGAACCGCUAAUGACGCGACCUGCGUUCUCCAUUCCCAAUUUACUCGGUUUACAUCCCGCAUUUUUGUUUCCCCACGACCCAAUUCAAGUACAAAGGUUUGCAUCUUUGUCCAAUUUGGAUCGCAUCAUAGAAAGCGUUGUGGAAAAUAAAGCACCCAUACGGGUUUCUUCAAGCAUUGAUAAUAUAAUACAACAAGUUGUCGAUAAUUCGUACAGUAUUAAUAAAUCGACACGAAAUGUAUCACCAAGUAAAGAAGAUAAGUUCCAGAAGAACUCGGUGGAUAAUGUUAUUGAUUUCGUGAUAAAAACCUAUGCACAUACAGAAGAUGCAGAGCCAAACACUGUCGAAGUUAAGCUAAAGGAUGGAAGAAAGAUAGGUUCUCUUAGAGAACAACCAAUCAAAAAUAACCAAGAGGAAGAAGUUGCAACCCCAGCUGAUGAAGAUUUUAAUACAGCUUUUGUCGAAGAAAAAGAAGUUGAACAACCUGUAAUCAUUGAACCUGAAAAAAGAAAAAUCGGACAACCAAGAAAAAGAGGCGGUAAAAAAAUAAAAUCUAAAUCUCAAGCACCCAAAGAAUCCAAACCUGAACAACCCUUUUUAGAAACAAAUGUGGAUGAACUGUUGAACACCAAAGAAGUCGCAUCGAAAACAGAAGUUUCAAGUUCUUCAACAAUCGUUAAAAGUGCAGUGAUUGAAUCUUCCGAAGAAAAGGAUAUAAACGAAUUAGUAAACGAAGAUGAACCCCACUUGCUUGAGAGCAAACUUGUACCAAAAUUCAUUCCUCAACCAAGACCAAGUGAUUCUGAAGAUGAUGAUGUUCCGUUGGCUGUAUUGGCUAAACCGGACCUUAAACAAAUAAGUAAAGAUAAAAUUAAAGAACCAGAAGCACCCAAAGAUAAUAUAACAGAAACACCAUUAACUGAAAAGACUGUGGAUGUAGUAAAUAUUUUAGUUAAGAAAACUAUUAAUAGAAGGGGGCGAAAACCUAAAUCUAAGCCGGUUCUAGUGCAAGAAAAACCAGAUGAUAUAGUUAUGAAUUCAGAAAAAGAAACAAUUGUUUUUCCCGAGCUUUUUCCCAUUGUUUUUACUCCUCCCCAAGACAUAAAUAAAUCUGAGGCUAAUAAAACGCAAAGUUUGUUGGUAGAAGUAGAAGAUAGCAGUUUGGAAGAAAAUACUAAAACACCAGAAAAAUCUGAUGAUCAGCAAAAUGAUAACGCUAUAGAAAUUAUUACUGAUCAAUUAAAAGAAAUUAAUGAAGAUACCGACAUUAAUAAAGCAGAAGAAAUUAAUAAAGAUAUCGAUAUUAAUACCAGUACUAAAAUUAUUAAAGAUACUGAUAACGCUUUAGAAAUUAAUGAAGAUUCCAAAACUAAUACCUAUACUGAAACUAAAAUCGCCAUUGACACUGCAGAAAUUACUGUUAAAGAGAUUAAAAUUAAAGAAGCACCUAAGAAGAAAGGAAGACGCAAAAAAGGAAAAAGAGGACCGAAAAAGGGAAAACAACAAAAAUUAAUAAGCAUAGAAAACAUACAUAAAUCAUCUAAUAUGGAUAAUUCUAAUAAUUUAACACAAGAAUCUGAUUUAUCACAAUACGUAAUUGAUAACGAAGAACCUAAUUUAAUAGCCGAAAAAUCUGCAAAUACAAACGAAAAUAAUAAAACUACUGAGUUGGCAGUUAACACAGCUAUACUUGAAGAGAUUAAAGAUGAAACUGUGGAAAUAUUGAAAGAAACAUCUACAAAACCUAUGGAAAAAAUCCCUGCCAAAAAAACAGAAGGGCAUAUAAAAAUACAAAUUAAACGUCAAGGUAAAAGUAAAACCAGGUUAUCGAGCAUUAUACUAUCAGAUAAAAUUGAUCAUGUAUCAAAUGAGGAAUCAAAUUUAGAAACAUAUAAGUCUAAUGAAGUUAAAGAAACUAAUAUAGGUAUUAGUGAAGAACCUAUUCAGGUAGAAAAUAAAGAUACUGUUAUAGAAAUAUCGGAAACACCAAAAACUAAAAGAAAGGGGAGAAAGAAAAAUGGCGUUCCGAAUACAAAUUUAGACACACCUGAGGUAGAUACUGAUAAUUCUUUAAACGCUGAACCUGCAGAGAUUUUCGCUGAAGAAAGCUUUAAACGCUCUACUAGAAAUUUGAAAAAACUAACAAGAACUCCAUCCGAGACUAAAAUCAUUGAAAAUAUCGAGUUGAGCACUCCAAAAGAAGAGGAACCGAAAAAGCUACCUUAUACUCCAAAAUUAAUUACAAAAAUUACACGUAAAAAGUCGUCCGGUAAUCUGGAAGAAUAUUUUGCGGAUUCUACAGUAAAGGAAAUUUCAGACAUUAAUGAAUCUCUUGAUGAAACCAAAAAUCAAUCUUCAUUUGAAAUAGAAGAACAUAAAUUGUAUAUUGUCGAAGAAAAUAAAACUAACACUGAUAAUGUUAAGCCUAUACCUAACAUUUUUGAUUUUGAUUUUAAAGAUGAAAAAUUUAAAGCUACUUCACAAGUAGAAGUUUUAAAAACACCAGAAUUAAAAAGGAAAGGUCGACCAAAAACAAAGUCUUUGCCCAUUGAAGAUAAUAUUGAAAUAAGAAAACCAUCUGAACCCGAACCAGAAAAAUUCGAUAUUAAUACGGAGGAUCCUAAAAAGUUAGUUAAAAAACCUGGAAGAAAAAGACGUUCCGUCAAAAGUAGAUCCCCUGCGAAAUCUUUGGUUAAAGUUGAUAAACAGGCUAUAGAUAAUUUACUAGCAGAAAAUAUUGAAAUACCCACAGCAUGCGUAGAAACUGAACCUAAACAGCUUACAAGUAAAGUUGAUAAACAGGCUGUAGAUGAUUUACUAGCAGAAAAUAUUGAAAUACCCACAGCAUGCGUAGAAACUGAACCUAAACCGCUUACAAGUAAAGAAUUGUCAAAUGAAACACCUGCUAGUGAAAAACAAAAAGUGGAUGAACCUGGAAAUAUUGCAUUGUCUGUUUUAAAUUUAAAAGCAGGAAGAAAACGCCGAGGACCAAAAAGCAAAUCAUCCUUAAAAAUAGUUAAUGAAACUGAUUCCAACCAUACAGAAAGCAAUGAUUACGAAACAGAAGAAAGUCCUUUGAUAUUAGAAAAAAUCGCGACUGAAAAACCUAUUUCAAACGAAAUUUUAAAUAAUGAGGUUUUAUCUAAGGAUGAAGCCAAAUAUAUGGCAAAAGAAGUUAAAAAUCAAGAGGCAAAUAGUAAAUUAAAUAAAAAUAUACCUACUGAAAUUGAGAAGAUUGAAAAUUUGGACAUUUUUGAAUUUCAUCCUGAUUUAGAAACAGCAAUAGGCAAUGAUGUAAUACCCAUUUCUAAGACCAAUGUUAAUAAAAAAAGACGUAAAAAUAAAUCUCCAGUGAAACCAAUUUUGGAUGAAUAUAAAACUGAAAUAUCUAGCGAUACAAAACAAAGAGGUUCAGAAAGUUUGAAAAAGGUAGCUAAUACCACUUUAGAAGAAGAUAUUAACGAUACAUUAAACACAGAGUUAUCAAAUGAAAUUGACACAAGUGAAUCCAGGAAACAGACGAAAAACCAGAGAGGUCGUAAGCCUAAAAAAAGCAUUGAAAAUGUCCUAGAUACUGAGAAUCCAGGUGCAUUAAUUGUUGACGAAAAAGAUAAGAAAUCCAUCGAAGCUAAUUUGGAGUUAAUACCUAAGAUUUUUGUUAAAAAAAGUAAAACUAUCAGGGAGUCCUCACCAUCCAAAACUUUGUCUUCAGCUGAUGACGAAAACAACUACUUUGUAGGCAGUUCCGAAAAUAAAGAUAUGAUAACAGUUCUAAAAGAUUCAAACGAAAGUUUAUUUAAUUUAGAAAAACCCGAUGCAGAAAAUCAGGACAUUCUUAAAAGUUCUAUAAUUAAACAAACUGUAGUGGAAGAUGAUAUAUUUACAGAGGAAGUUGAAGAUUCUUUUUCUGCAGCAGGUUUGGAGCUAGAAGCAAAUCUGUCUUUAGAAUGCAACAAUAUUAUAAAACCUUCUCAGUUUAAGGAUAAUUUAAGCAUAAGUAGUAUAAAAACAUCUCAAGAACCUUUAGAAAAUAUACCAGUAGUUCAGAAAAAGAGAGGCCGCAAGCCAGCUAAAAGCACUCCCAGUAAGAUUGGGAUGCGAUGCGAUGCAGAAAAUCAGGACAUUCUUAAAAGUUCUAUAAUUAAACAAACUGUAGUGGAAGAUGAUAAAAAUGAUGAUAUAUUUACAGAGGAAGUUGAAGAUUCUUUUUCUGCAGCAGGUUUGGAGCUAGAAGCAAAUCUGUCUUUAGAAUGCAACAAUAUUAUAAAACCUUCUCAGUUUAAGGAUAAUUUAAGCAUAAGUAGUAUAAAAACAUCUCAAGAACCUUUAGAAAAUAUACCACUAGUUCAGAAAAAGAGAGGCCGCAAGCCAGCUAAAAGCACUCCCAGUAAGAUUGCAGAACAACCUUUAACCAAUGAAGAAUCCACCCCAAAUAUUACUGGUACUUCAGCAGAAAAUGAAAACAUGAAUGAAUCUAUAAACGAAGACAUGCUAGUUAAAAAGUCAGUAUUAGAAGCUUCAAAAAGUGUUACCAAAAUUAAAGUCAGGAGGAAGAAAUCUGAGCUGGAUAAAUUAACAGCUGCAGCUGCUAUAUUGCCAGACUUAAAUUUCACAGCAUCAGAUAUAGAUAUCAGUAGAAAAUCUAGAGCGUCUAAAACCAAAGCUGCGGAGAAAAUAUCUAAGGUAACUGUUGCAGAAAAUGUGAGGUACACUGAGGAUGUUGAUUUGGAGAAAAACCUCGAAAAAAUCCUUGGCGAAAUUGAUAAUGCUAAAGAGAAGGAUGAAGACCUUCCAUUGGAAAAAUUAGAUGAUUCGGCUGUUUUUGAAGAAAUUAACAACAAAACCAGUAAAGCAAAAGGUAGAAAGCGUCUAAAACAAUCUAUCCUAGAAGAAACACCAAACAAUGAAAAAUCUGAAAAAUUAAAUCUUAAGAGGUUUAAACCAGAAUCGGAAAUCCUUGAAGAUUUAGCAUCUAUAAUGUCGUCUCCUAUCGAUAAUAUAACUGAAGGAAAUGAACAAGAAGAAAUUAAGAAAAAACCGAAACGAAAAUCAAAAAUAUCUAAGAAAAUUGAUAAUAAAAAUAUGGAAAACCACCUGUUUCAAGAUUUUACCUUGGUUAUAAACUCAAAAUCCAGAUCUGACUUUAUUUUUAAUAGGUUUGGAGAUGAUUUAAUAGAAGAAAACAAAGAUGUUAAAAAUGACCCAGAACCCCUAAGUUCUGAAAUAGAGGAAAAGAAAGAACCCCCAACGCCUAAUAUAGACGCAAACACAGAACCUCCAAGGGCGGAAAUAGAGGACGAUGAUGAUGAUGAUGAUAGCUUAGGAAAUGACAAUGACGCUUUCGACGAAAGUUUUGAUAUGGUGGAUAUGGAGUUGGACGAAAUACCAACUGAAAACACUAUUAUCGAAAGAGAAAUACCUUUAAAUACGAAAAAGGCAUCAACUGACGAAUUAUUUGACAAAUUGCUAUAUGAAAAUAAAAAUUGUUCCACAAGCAAAGUAGAAAGUGAAGAAGAAAUUAAAGCCCGAAUUGUUGCAGAGGCUAUUCAAAGAAGUAACAGGUCAUUAAAUUUAGAUGAUAAUGAAGUAGAAAAUAUAGAAACUGAAUUUAAACCAGCAGAUGUUUCGAGCAAUGAAUUAGAAUUAGAACACGCAAAAUCAGACAAGCCUAAAUUUGAUUUUAAUAAAUAUUAUCUUGAAAAGAUUAGCAAGGAAACCCCAGCUAUGGAAACAGGCGAUGUAAAUGAACCUAUUUCUUUUCCGAAAACAAUUGAUGAACAAAAUAUUGAACAUAAGGAAAGAAAUGAGAAACGCAUUAAAGAUACAAACAUAAAAGCAAAAAAACAGUCACCAUCAAAAAUAGGUGAUGUGAAUGAACCUAUUUCUUCUCCAAAAGCUAUUGAACUCCAAAAUAUUGAACACGAGGAAAGCAAUGAGAAACCCAUUAAAGAUACAAACAUGAAAGAAAAAAAACAGUUACCAUCGCAAAUAAAAAUUACUAAAAUUAAACCAUCUGACGUGUAUGAAUUUGAUGAAGAGUUCGAUGAAUUAUUAAUAAAUCCUUUAAAAAAAUCUUUAGAUGUAUUCAAUUCAACUAAAAUAACCGAAGAUAAAGUUGUAUUUUCUAAAAACGGGCUUAAUAAAACAACUUUAAAUGAGUCAGAUAAAAGUUUAUUUCACGAAUCAGAAUUAAGCAUUGAUGAAAGUGAUGGUUUAAUAAACAUAGAAGGAUCAAAGAAAAAGACAAAAAUAUCAAAAUCAAGUUUGUUGGACACAAGAACACCUGAAAUAAAAUCACUUAAACGAAAUCCUAAACAAGGAAAAGUCGCUAAUAUUGAUUUGUUGGACGAACAUUUGUUGUUUGAUAAAUCUACAGAAGAAAAUAUUGAGAAUACUGAAAUAAGAAGAAGUAGAAGAUCUAAAAAGGUUACUUCUUACAAUGAAAAUGAAUUAGAUCCAUUAUUAGAUAUUGAAGACAAAGUAAAAUUAAGAAAGAAAAACAACUCCCCAGAUAACGGAUUAAUUGAUAUAACUGAAAAUAUAAAUUUGGAACUUUCUCAAAAACCUGCACCAAGUACUCCUGACAAAAAAAUUAACACGGACGAAUUAUUUGAUAUGCUAAAAGAAACCACAACAGUUGAAUGCAAUAAUAAAGUUGAAUCACCAUUUAUUGAAAACCUCGAUGACACUUCCGAAGAUUUUAACGACGAUAAGUUUGAUAACGCAUUCGAAAAUAUUUUGGAGAAAUCGAUGGCUGUCCUACAAAAUCAAGAGGACCAUAAAAAAUCUGAUAUUUAUGAGUUUACAGAAAGUCCUGACGCCCUUGACAAGGAAGAUCUUAAAGAGAAAAGAACAAGAAAUAAUUCUACAUCAAAAGCUAAUAUCGACGAUAUAAACAUGAAUAGCUCCGAUAUAAUUGAGAAUGACAGUAUUUCUGAUAAAAGCUCUAAGGCUAAUAAAAAGAAUUUUAAGGCCAAAGAUACAAGCGGUAAACCAAAUUAUUGCGAAAUAUGUAAAAAAUCUUUUAUCAGGGUCGAAAAUUUAGUAAAACACAAACGUACUUUGACACAUAUUUCGAAACUAUCAGAAAUUGAAGCUAAAGAAGCAGAAGAAAGGGCGAAAACUCAACAGCAAGAAGAACAUUUCCAAUUAUCAGAAUUAAUAGAAGAUUCAAUUAUUUUGGAUGAAUCAUCUAAAAAUGACGCUUUGGUUUCUUCAUUUUCCGCAAAUCCUCCAAAUAAUUUGAAAUUAGCUGAUCUAAUCAAUGACGUUAUCAAUGAACCUGCCAUUGAACAUACAUCAGAUAAACAAUUCCAGAAUGCGUCUGCAAAUGAAAUGCAACCAGAAAUUCGCCGAUAUAAGAGCCUAGGCGAAAGAAAGAGCUUUGAAUCCGAAAACUCUUUAAUCAACACGGAUACUCAAUCUAUAAAAUCUCCAUUUUACGAACCUGCUUUAUCAAAAACUACCAUUCUUGAGAAACAAAUUAGCUUACUGCAAAAUAUAAUUGAAAAUCAAAGCGGUAUGUCUUAUAUAGACGAUAUAUCUAUGUCUUCUAAUAACUCUGUAAUAGAAAAUACUUCCGUAAGGGCUUUCCCUGAAAUUAUUAAAGACGAUUCCAGCAAUAUAACCUUUACAAACGCUGCCUCUCUGACGACAAACAUCAAGCCAACUACAAAUGACGAACGUUUCUUAAAACCGGCAACUCAGUUUGAAGAAAUUUCCGAAGACAGCACCAAUAUAAGAAACUAUGAAGAACAAAAGUUACGAAAAACGUUAAACAGAGACGAAGAACUAUUCUUAGAGUGCUGCAGUCUUUUAAAGAGUGGCUCAGAAGUUUCUAAUUACUCUAACAGUAAGUCCAACAAACUCCCAAAUAUACCGAACAAGAUUGAUAUGCAACAAGCAGAUGAGCCCAACUGGCUGGAAAACAAAAGCCUAUCGAAUAAAAACCAGAGUUAUAAUGUAGAAUAUUCAGACAAUUCCAGAAUACCAACACCUCUAGGUGAUAAUUAUGCUGACGAUGCUUCUAAUUCGAAUACCAUCAACUCUAAUUGGAAUGUCAGUGUGGGGGGUAAGGACAUUUUUGAAGAUAUAUCACAGGAUAAAGAUGAGAGCUUUACGUUUGAAGAAGUACUGAACAAUACCGAUUCUGAAACCAAAUCCGGCCUGUCAAGAUUUGGUGGCAUGCUGUCCAAAACCAUCAAGAAUCAAAUCAACAAUCUGACCAACAGAAUUAGAAAAACCGCUGAAAAAAGGGGUAGCAGCUCUGAAAGGAAGACCAUCGAUGAACUCAGCGACUGUUCUACAAGUGAUAGUAAAAAAAUAAUGACAAAAGGUGCCAUGAAAGUCUUUGAAGGCUUAAAAGUUUCAAUCCCAACCGAAGAACUAAACUUAGAGGAAGUCCUUAACUGCAGUCCAAGAAUAAAAAAGUCGGAAAUAUUAAAAGAUGAAGAUAAAAAAUCUGCAAAAUCUGAAGAACUUUUGUCGCCAUCCAAAAGAAACGCUAGAAAAUCCAAGCCUGUAAAGAAUAAAUCACAGUUUGGUAGUAAAUUAUUAUUCAAAAUGAACAAGAAGAAACACAAAAACGAUGUGUAUGAUUUCGAAGACACUCAAGAUAAUUUAAACGUCUUUACCAAACCAGACAAGAACAAAAAGGAUGAGGAUUCAGCAGUAAAAGAUAGUGACAGCGAAAGUAAAGACAAUGAACUCUUUGAAACAAACUCCGUAUCCAGUGUAUCUUCUCCAUCAAACUCAGUUCAGCAAAAUAAAAAACCAAAAUCUCAGCAAAACUUAACAAAGAAAAAAUGCAUGAUCAUGGGGCGAAUAUUUAAAAAUGCCGUCAAAUCCAAAGUCGAAGAGGAAAUUCGAGAUAUUCCGGCUAUUGAUAAUGUUGAACUUGUUGAGAACUAUGUUAAGGAAAUUAAAAAGAUUAGUGAUAAUGAGUUUAAUUUGACAGAAGAAAAAAAUCAAGAUGAAGAUAAUGUUAAAUCAAAGCAUAUUGAGAGCAGAAGAAAAAGUGUGAAACAAAAGAAUAGAAAAAGAGCUCGAGCCAACUCUGAGUCAACUGAUGAUGAGUUUAGUAUUAAUAAGACCACAAAGAAGAGAACUUAUAAAAAGAACCCAAAACCAGAGGAUAAUUGUAUAAAUCUGGAACAAGAAUUAAAAGAAUGCAUAGGAGUUGCGAGUAGAAAAAGUCAGAGGAAAUGCACGAGUGGAAAACAAAACGUCCUGAUGGAAUAUUGGAGUAGUGACGAUUCAGCAUUCGAGGCUUUAUUAGAGAGCCAAAUCAUAGAAUCCAAACCAGAUAAGGAGCCUAAGAAACCUAAAGAAACACCUAUAGAAAAACCCCCUGUAGAAGAAGUAGUUAAAGAGGUAGUAGACAAAGUUAAUACAAUGCCUGCACCUAAAUUAGUAGAAAAGAAGAUCCAGAAAAAAGUGAAACCACACAAUCAAAAAUCAAAGAGUCAUAAGUCGGAAGCUCAGGCGGCGACAUCGAAUAGGCGGAAGAGGGCGGCUGUGAAUCCGCUUUAUCAUUGGUCGAGUUCUAGCGAGGACGAAUCCAGUGAUCUGAUAACAGUGAAGCCGGUUCGAGACGAGGCCGAUGACGAAGACGAACGGCCCAUCCAGCACGGCUGGAUAGUGGGCGACUCGCCUAAAAAGUUGGUGACGUUGUUAGCACACGCGAAAGGCAAAAAAACUGACAUCGACAGUGUUAAAGAACAAAAAAAGCGAACUAAUUCUGUUAGCUGAUGGUAAUAGUGAAUGUUAUAGGUUAAAUACUUAUCUAGUGCAUUUUAAAACAAUAAACACUACUGUAUAGUGCACUAUAAUUAUGUAAAAUAAAAUAAUCAAGUUUUAGUGCUAUUAAUUAAAAUAUCCAAAUUAUUAGAGAAAAAUCUACAGCAAUUUAGCUUGUAAGGAUCAUUAAUUAAAACAUUUGAGAGAGCAGCUUUCCAUAAAUUGUAAACAGAAUCACUUGUUUACAUAUUUAAAAUGUUAAAUUAUAUUAAUUUGUAUUAGGAGUUAUAAUACAACUGACUUUUGUUUCAGUGAAGAGUAUGAUUUUUGUUAAACCUUAGUGAUUAGUAAUUGUAAUUACUAAACAAGUGAUUGUUUUUAUAUCAUUACCUAUCACUGUGUCAAGAUGAAAAUGGCACUAAGUAAUUGUGUAAUUUGUUUGUAUUUUUAUACAUUGUUUAUAGCAUAUUCUUUGAAUCGAAUUUCUUUAGUGUACAAUCCGAAAAUAAUCAUUUAAGUUGCCAUGUUUGCUAGAUAAAUUAUUAUUAUUUUUUAUUUUUACAAAAUCAAAAUUUUAUUUAAGUUUUAUUAUUGGUAUAUACAUAUAUUUAUAUAUUUUCUCAAAAAAUGUGGUCUAAUUUUGUGUUCAAUUUUUAGAGUAAUUGUUUAUAUAUUGUGUAAUUAUUAUAGUCAAUUCUAGUAGAGUAUGGUUAUUUUUGUUUAUUAUCUUGCUUUGCUGUUUACACUGCCAAAAUGUGCCUUUGGCCAUUGUAAGUCGGGUCGUGAUAAUUUUAUUUCAUUUUUCCUGUAUAUAUUGUUGCAUAUAGUAUGUGUAUAAUAGUCGUACAACUGGGAACAACUUCAUUGGUAUAAAUGUGUUUGUCAACAUGUAUCAGCAAAAACUUUUUAAUAAAUGAUUUCCCAACAGAA